UCACGACACACUAAAAUUAAUGCAUAUGUCAUCCAUACAAUGGAGGAGAGAGUAAAACCACCAACACCAACCGUCUUGACUACUACCAACACACUAUACUAUAUACUUCAAAGUGGUGAAAUUACUGUAAACCCCUUUCGCCAUCCCAAAUUGUGGACUGUCAAGAAGCUGCAAUUAAUGUCAUUUCACUGAACAGUUGGCGGGAGAGUUAAACAAAGCCAACCACCAUCAACAACCUUCUUUGAAAUUUUCAGCAUCAAAAUCCCACACACACAAAUUAACUUCCAUUGCCCAACAACACAAGAAAACAAACAACGAAUUUUCUUUCAUUGCCUCUGCUUCUCUUUCCAUUGUAAUGGUUGGUUACCUCCUCCUUCAUCUCUCUUCUUCCUCUUUAAAGAAUUAGUGUUGGAGUAUUUUUCUACGACCUGGGCUACGGAAAUUUUUCGUAGGAAAAGGUUUUUUGCUACGAAAUUUUUCUUAGCUACAAAAAGGUCAUUUGUUGUAGUGUUUUCUCAAUCAAAUUCACCAAAAGACACACAAAUGGUUGCUAAGACAAUUGCUGCUACAGCUGCAACUACUCUUCUUCUUGCUGGGAUUUUAUGCUACUGUUACCAUAGAUUUUCCAUGGCUCGGAAGCGCCAAAGAAAUAAAUUUAGUACAAGUUUUCGUAGAGAAGAGGCUGUGGUGACUAACCGGGAGUUUGGGCAACAAGGUGGGACUUUGAAAGGCAUAAUUGUUGAUGACAAUGGAUUGGAUGUUGUUUAUUUGAGGAAAGUUGAAGGUGGACAAUUUACGAGUUGUUUCUCGAGGGUUUGGUUCAAUUCUAUGGAAGAAGAAAAAGAUGAAGAAAAGAGGAUUGAUUGUAGAGGAAAUAAAAAUAAACUGAAGAAAUCUGAACCAGUUCAGGAAAGAUCAUUGCUUCAUAGCUCAUCUGAUCUUGCAGAAGAGGCACAACCAGUUUCAUUUGCUCCAAGUCCUCCAUGUGUGGUGUCAGAAUCACUCCCAAGGCGAAUGCUUCCACCUCCAUUUGGGUCAAUAAAGCAUACUCCACCACCUCCACCGCCGCCGCCACCACCUCCACCUCCUUCCCCGCCACCUCCACUAGCAAAGAGAAGCCCUGCACCACCUCCACCAACUAAGGCAAGUGGUUUGGUUUCAUCAUCGAAACCCCCUCCUGCACCUAGAGGAAAAAGAAGCAGCAGUAGCAAGUCAGAGGCUCCAAUAGGAGAAAGUUCAAAAGGAUUUGGUGAUGUCCAGAUGAAACUGAAGCCACUGCACUGGGAUAAGGUUAUAGCAAAUGCUGAUCAUUCCAUGGUCUGGGAUGAGAUUAAUGAUGGAUCCUUCAGAUUUGAUGAUGAACUCAUGGAAGCUCUAUUUGGAUACAAUGCCGCCAAUCGGAAGGCCACUGAAAGCAAUAACAUCUCAAGUUCAGCUGGUUCUAACUUUGCUCCGCCUGGUAGAAUUUUCAUCCUCCAGCCACGGAAGUCCCAAAAUACAGCAAUUGUACUUAGAUCUCUUGGAAUCUCUCGCAAACGAAUCCUUGAUGCUCUUCAUGAAGGCCAUGGGCUCAAUGCCGAUACCCUUGAAAAACUUGCGAAAAUUUCCCCAACCCAAGAAGAAGCAGCCAAAAUCCUUCAGUUCAGUGGCAAACCAACAAAACUGGCUGAUGCUGAAUCUUUCCUCUACCACAUCCUGAAAGCUGUUCCCUCAGCAUUCAUCCGUUUCAAUGCAAUGCUUUUCCGAUUAAACUAUGAUCCUGAAAUCCUACAUCUCAAAGAGUCCUUGCAAACCCUUGAAUUGGGUUGUAAGGAAUUAAGAACUCGCGGGAUCUUCUUGAAACUACUUGAAGCCAUUCUCAAGGCUGGUAACCGUAUGAAUGCCGGAACAGCCAGAGGCAAUGCACAAGGCUUCAACCUUAGUGCAUUGAGAAAACUCUCCUCUGUGAAAAGCACUGAUGGAAAGACUACUCUGCUUCACUUUGUUGUGGAACAAGUAGUUCGAGCUGAGGGUAAACGUUGUAUGAUCAUUCAAAAUCAUCAAAAUCGUAGCCUUGGCGCAAGCAAUGGUCAAGGUAGCAACAAAAGGGACGCAAAUUCGGAUAGCCUAACAGUGAAGGAAGAGAUUGACAAAGAAUGCCUAAUGCUAGGGCUACCAGCAUUAGAAGGUUUAAGCAUUCAGUUCUCUAAUGUAAAGAAAGCUGCCACCAUAGACCACGACAGUUUCAUCAACAUGUGUCCUGCACUCAAGGCCCGGGUUGCUGAAAUGAGGCACCUAGUCGCGCGCUGUGCUGAUGGUGAAACAGGCGGAUUUGUGAUGGAGAUGAAAGGGUUUUUAGAGGAAUGCGACGAGGAGCUUAAGGUGGUGAGUGAGGAGCAAACAAGGGUGAUGGAGCUCGUGAAGAAAACAACAGCAUAUUACCAAGCAGGAGCCUCCAAGGACAAAGGGACUCACCCACUUCACUUGUUUCUUGUUGUGAAGGAUUUUCUUGACAUGGUUGAUCAAGUUAGUCUUGACAUCACAAGGAAGCUACAGCAGAAGAAGAAUGCGCCACCGAAUUUGGGAUCAUCACCACCACUGUCACCGUCAACAAGGACUUCAGAGAAGUUCCAAAAUUUGCAGUCAUAUUUUAUGACAGAUAAACAUGGGACAACAUCUUUUAGUGAUUCAGAUGAUGAUUUCUGAGUAGGGUAAUACAGUGAGAAAUUGAUUAACUCAGAAGGAUUAGUGGGAAUUCAAUAUUUCUAGGAUUUAGUUAUGCAAAAUCUUUUGCUUUAUUUCUUUCUUUUUCUUUAGGAACCUAACCUCUAGGAUUAUUGUCAAUAAAACAAAAUGUUGUUUGAUGGUGCC